AUGACUGAUAUAGCAGAAGUAAGCACCUCAUCCCCGACAGAGUUAUUAGGAGAAGGAAGGCGACAUCUUGCUGUCAGAGAUUACAAUGCUGCAGCGGAAACUCUUGCUACAGCCUGUGAGCUUCUUGCCAAAGAACAUGGGGACACAGGUGAUCAGUGUGCAGAAGCAUACUUAUGGUAUGGUAAAGCUUUACUUGGACUCUCAAGAGAGGAAAGUGGAGUCCUUGGAGAUGGUAUGCCUGGAACUGGCAAUGCUGAUGAGGAAGAUGAUGACAAUGAAGAAGAAAAUGGUGAAGAUGAACAGAAUGGAGAUGUAGAAAUAGAAGCAGAAGCCAAACCAGAGAAACAGACAACAAAUGGUGAGGCUGCUGAUAGUGGGAGUGGAGAAGUAAAGAAAAUAGAAGCAGAAUCAACUACUAAAGAAGAUGAACCUGGAAGUAGUGUUUCAACAAGUGGAACAGAUGAGAACAAACCCGGCACUUCAAAUGGUGAACCAAUGGAUGAGUCUAUGGCAAAUCUGGAAAAUGAAGAUGAUGUUGACAAUUUGCAACUGGCAUGGGAGAUGCUAGACCUAGCACGCAGCAUUCUACACCGACGAGUGGAAACGGGUGGAGGUGACGGUGCCCGUGCGUUGUUGGCGGACGUUCAUCUCGCCUUGGGAGAGGUGGCCCUUGAAAGCGAGACAUAUGAUAAAGCUGUGAUUGAUAUGAUGAGCUGUUUAGAAAUUCAAAAGAAGCUCUAUGGAAGUGACGAUCGGCGUAUCGCCGAAACCCAUUAUCAAAUUGGUUUGGCCAACUCCCUUGCCUCAAACUUCGAAGAUGCCAUAAUGCAUUUCAAAAAUGCAGCGAACAUUUUGGAGACAAGAAUCAAAAUUUUGGAGAAUCCAAAAGCAGUUACUGAAGAUGCUACAGUCAAGAAGUAUACUUCGGCUGACCCACUUUAUUCCAUUGAAGGCGAGAUAAAAGAAUUAAAGGAAUUGUUGCCAGAAAUACAGGAAAAAAUACAGGAUAUGAUGGACUAUAAAGCAGAGACCAUAAAACGAGUUCGGGAGACACUGUGCCCAUCGAAUGGUGAAAGUUCGUCGCUAGUAACCACAGCGAGUUCAAGCACUGCUGAACCGAAACCGGCUGCGUCCGACAUCUCCCAUCUGAUCAAGAGGAAGAGGAAGGCUAGCGACGGCGAAGCUGACCCAGCCCCGAAACGGGUCAAUACGUGA